AUGCCUGCAGCAGGUGAGGGAAAGAAGCCGAUGAAGGCGGCGAGUAGUAAGAAGAAGGCGGAAAAUAAAGAAACGACUUCAGGUGGAGCAACAGAAGAACCCAGUUCUUCGACAGCAGCACCACCGGCGGCUGCGAAAUCGAUGAAACGAAGCGCUGCUGAUACGACGGGGGAUGAAGCGAGUGGAGAGCAAGCGUAUUUGAUGUUUCUUCGUUUCUUGUCAUCGUAGUCUAUUUUUGCUUGAGCAUUGUUUCUUGUCAUUGAUUUCGAUCACGAACUUUUCGACGUUUUCUCAUCCAAACCUAUUAACAGAGCAGCCGGUCCAGCCCCAAAGCAGGCUAAGGCCGCAGGACAGAAGAAGUCCUCAACGAAAAAGAAGUCCGAGAACAAAGGGGGCGCGAAAGCCGGUCCCAAAACCGCUGCGUCCAAGAAGAGUGGCAACGCAAAUGCUUCGGCAUCUUCAUCAAGUGUAAACACCGGAGGAGCGCCAGGAGGGGAGUCAGAUAAUAUUACGGCUACAGUGUUACAACUAAGUAACUUGUCGAUGUUGGAGUCGUGGUCGUGAUUAUGAUCGUUGUUGUAAUUAGCCAGGUCUUGUUGGCGUUGUAAAGAUUUUUUACAACUUGUAAACUUUACAGAUUUGUUUCAAUAACUACUUACACGCUCCUAAGUAAUGCUUCUUCUAGUACUACAAGCUAGGUGAACCAAGAAUCUUUGUCAACAUCUUUCUUUUCUCUAAUACUUGCGCAAAACUGGAGCUUCCAGUGGGAGAGCACCCAGAAGAGGAGGUAGAGGAUGAUGACGCCCAUGAUAAGAGCGCGAAGUCGGCGGUGCCAGAUGGAAUCGAUCCAAAGUCAUUGGGAAUUCCACUUGACUGGGUGCGAAUCAAGGCUGAAGGAGGAAUAAAAGCUGAGGAUACGUACGAGAUGUCGAGUGAGGCAGAAAACAGCGAUCACAGUCCAGAUCGUGCGAACAAGACGAUACCAAAGUGGUGUAUUCUUUUCCUAUGUAUAAGCUUUUCUUUGACAGGAGUUGAUAUUUAAUUGUUAGGUGGGCUACAAGAAAUCCAUCUUCACGUGCGUCCUGAGACCGUUUUCAAGGGGAAAAAGGUUCUAGGAUGCGUUUCAAGAUGGAUUUCCCUUGGGUCUAAUAUUGAUAUCUUUUUUCAACAAGAAUAUCUUCUUCAAGCAUGAUUCAUCACGAUUACUCAUUUUCUCAUCCUCGCACACCCUCACCGUGCGUCCUCUUCACUCAGGUGAAAACUGGGUGAAAGUGAUGGAAUCACAGUCGAAGAUUGAUCCGGACACGGUUUUUGGAUUCAAUAUGAAACGCGUGGAUUUGCCUGAAGUGUUUCCAAAUAGCACCAAGCUUCAACAACAGCAACAGGCAGCAGCUGCAGGCACGGGCGACGAAACGGAUGGCGCAAGCAAUAAGAGAGGUACUAUUUUCGUACUAUUUUUGUGUACGUAGUAAACUCGUGGUCGUAUCAUCCCUGACGGCUAGUGCAUUAACAUGAAAAUCAUGAUCUUCAUACUUUUACGAAAAUACCUGUUACUAGUAUCAGAGUAACUAACUAACUAACUUCUUUUUACGAAAAUACCUGUUACUUCUAUCAGAGUAACUAACUAACUAACUUCUUGUUAAAGACUUUUCCUCAGUUCGUGCACGUCCUCGUCUUAUGAGCACCCUCACCUCAAUGUCUGCACUACAGCACGACGCCAAUCGGUCGAUGGAGACCCAGCGAGAAGAUGGGUUCGGGAUAAGCUGAGAAAAGAAGAGGUGCUGAAUUACACCCGAGUCAUGGGUCAAACAACCAGACUCGAACAUCUAUGGAAGCAACCGACUCCCAGUGACAGCAAGAAAUCCGCGAAGUAGAAUGUAGUUCGCGAGUACUUAACUACAAGGAAACGGAGGUGGAGUGAGAACGAGAAGAUUAUGAUUAAGAUUUGCGCAUAUAGUUAUCUGAUGCUUAUUUUUUUCAGGAGUAGCAUGACAUUUUACGCAGCACUCUGUCAAUCACAUGAUGUUCAUUGAGGUUUUAUGAAGAGAAAUUUAAGCAAAGAAACAACUUAGUAAGUAGAAGAAAUUAGCUGGUGCUGGGGGUUCUGUUAAUAUUAUAGGCGUAGUUUCUAUCGUCGUCCUUAACCUUAUCUUCGUCAUUUCUCGGAUAUAAUUUUGUAUUCAGUCUCUUUUAGUCGUUUUGCCAGUACUACUAGCCGUCAAGGAAUAAGAAUAGGAUAUUGAUUCGCAGUAGCUUAGUACAAUCUUCAUGAAGCAAGAACGUGAACAAUCAACGCCAAGAGUUACUGCUGUCAAAAACCUUAAGAUGGAAUUUGAAAUUGAUCUUUUCCCAUGAUCUUCUUCUUCGGGGUACUAAAGGACUCCUACGCGAUGUUGCUGUCAGUACUUCUAUAUUGAGAUAGUAGGUUGUUGCUGAAGGAUGCUCACGCAUUUCAGAAAAUCACAUGCAUUCUACUGCAGAAGAAGUUGAUCCUCG